UGACAACUACGGCGGCAGAACCCCAUUCGGAGAUGACCACGAGGCCCAAACCAGUCAAGCCCAGGACGAUAGCCACACCGCAGGUCUCCAACGCGACUGGUGAUGAAGGCAGCACUGGCCACGCUACAACUACGACCCGGAUGCCCCUGGUGUGCACCGUGGGCAGCAAGGGCACCGCGUUCAGCAUGUUCCCUCCGACGGGGGUGUGCAGCCACGUGUUCUUCACGCACGUCCUGGUGUCGGGCGGUGCGCUUCACGCCACCGGCGACGGUGGCGGCGCCUGGGAAGACUUCGUACGCGCCAUGCAAGCGGAGGAGUUCGCGGAAUACCCGGCCGGCAUCUCCUUCGACAUGCUGUACGCCAUGACGCCGGCCUACCUGGAUGACCCCACAGUACACAAGGAACUCGAAGAGCUGGCUGCCGGCAGCAAUAUCAAACACUACGGCAUUCUCAAUGUCGUGACGCGUGCACCACAUCUCUACCACCUGGUGGCAGCUGUAGGAACUCUAAUUACGAACUCGGAGAACUAA